AUGGGUUGGUCUGGAGGUGGUCUUGGUAAACAAGGCGAAGGUAUCGUAAAACCGAUCGAAGUCAAACAAAGACCGGAACGUCCAGGUAUAGCGUUUGGCGGUAUUAAAGAAAAGACGAAACAAGCAAAAGAAGAAGCACGUAGACGUGGUGAACAAACAAAACCCGAACGUAAAUCGCGAAAGCCAAAAAUUGAACAUCGUACCUAUGAACAAAUCUUGGCAGAACAUGGCCAUAAUGUUGCUUCAAGUGGGGAGAAUCAAAUCAUCGUUGAUGCUACUGGUAAAGAGUAUUCAUCUCUAUCCGCUGCCCUUGCAAAACAUGCUGUCCCGUCAAAUGACAGCACACAAUUGAUCGAGAUUCGACAUAAUCUUCGGCUCAUCUGUGAUGGAAAUUCGAAAAGUCUCGACCUAUUAGCAAAUGAAGGGUCAGCUAUUCAAGAUCGUCAUAAGUGGCUCGAGCGUGAAUUGCAUGAAGCCGUACGUCGCAAACAGAAUCUUGUUACCAAGCACGAUCGUGUAGAUACUAUUGCCAAAAUCGUUGGAGAGAUUGAGGUGCUUGGAAAACGUGCUGCAAUUGACCCUAAGAUCGGCUUGGAUAGUUUCAUGUAA